AUGUUAAUAAUACCAAUACUUAUACUAAUUUCCAGCUGUUUCUUUAUUAAAAAAACUGUUUCUGUUGAUAAUGUGGAAGUUGUUGAAUCUAGUAAAGAUACAAAUAUUUCAAAAUAUGAAGAAAAAGAUGAUGAACUGGGGGAACAAACCAAUUUGAUUGGAGAAUUGUCUUUUAAUUCAGAAGAAUUACAUAAUUCGUCAGCUUAUGAGCAGAGUGAUUUAAAAUCAUUAGACGGAAAUCAAGUUGAGAAUCAAACAAAAGACUUAAACGACAACGAGGAGAUAAUAACUGUUUUUCACAUCAAAUCAAAUAACGUUGAAGAUGAAAAUGUAAUUGUUAUAGCAGAAAGUAGUGAAGUAAAACUAAUACCAAAUGCAACAACUGAAGAAACGCUAUCUCCAGUUCCUUCAGAUUUGAAUCUAGUUGUUUUAAAUCUCACUACAAAUGAUCACAAAUCUUCUAGCCAUUCUAUCGAAAUGAACGAAGGCUUGUAUUCUGACGACAUGACAAAUGAUUUUUUCAAAACAUCUAAUCAGUUACAAGAACACAAUGAUAUAACAGAAGAAAUCUUAGCUGACAAAAAUGAAACUGUUCUGAACAACCUUGAGGAACUAGAAAAAAAUGAUCAGAAACUAAAUCAAACAAUAAUAAUACCAGAAACAUUUACUGAUGAAAUGGACAUUUCAGUGAAUAUACAAGAAUCUUCGUCAGGAUUAUCCAAAGAAGAGAUACAAGUUACUGAAAUUCCGACUGAUCUUGUCUCUUUAAGUACAAUAAAGCAAGGUGAAAGCAACACAAGUGCACAUGAGAAGUCAUCUGUGAUUAAAUUUGUAAGUAGCUCUAUCAACCGUCAACCCGUUGAGCGAAUCCACGAAAGAAAUGUCUUGAUAGAAAAAUGUUAUCAGUAUCCAAAAAUCAAAAUUUGUACAAAACUAGAAGAUGGCGACAUAAAAAAUCAAGGUGGUUGGUAUUACAAUCCUACAGAAAUGCAGUGUCAAUAUACAUCUGAUUGCGUUAUUAAUGAUAAUUAUUUCAUAACGAAAAAAGAAUGCACCGAAACAUGUGAAUACUGGAGAGGUACUGCUCGGUGUUUAGCUCCACCACAAGCUGGUCAUUUUCAUUGUUCUGCUGUGAACACCGAAAGAACUAUACGACCAAUUCUAAUGGUUUAUUUCGAUAAAGUCUCUGGAAAAUGUCUCUGGUUUACUUAUUAUGGAUGCGGAGGUAGUGCAAAUCGUUUUACAUCUAUCACAGAAUGUGAAAAUACAUGUGGAGAUUUAAUUGCAUAUAAAAUUUUAUUAGUGGCUAAUCAGCUUUGUCAAGUGGCUCCAACAACCAAGUUAUUUCCACAAUGGUCUAGAAUUGAAAUGGAUACAUGGCGCGAAAUCAGCCAAGAUGGUCAGUUUUACUCUAAAGAAACAUCUGAACCUAUUUUAUUUGACAAUCUCACCUAUAUUGAUGCUAUGCGCAUCGAACCAGAAUGUCCAAAUAUGGGUCAGCAUGAAUCACGUUGGUAUCUUGAUGUUGAAACAAAUCAGUGCCAGGAAUUUGCAUAUUCCCAUUGUGGCGGAUCUUCAAAUAACUUCCUGACACGAGCUGAUUGUGAACAGUUUUGUGGUGCUACAAAACCAGAUAUAUCAUCCAUUUGUAAACUGAAACCUUCAUUUGGCGAGUGUACUGGAUACAAGACUAUGUGGUAUUAUGAUCCUAAUUGGGUGACGAAUAUGGACGGGCAGGAUCAUCAUUUAAUUGGUGGUUGUAGACCAUUCAACUAUUCUGGAUGUGGUGGAAAUAGUAAUCGAUUUCCAACUCAAGCUGCAUGUGAAUUAACAUGUCAAUUUAAUACAAAGGUUGAGCUACAAAUUAAUAUGGAUCCCAUUGAAGAAUCGGAUAAUGUAACAGUACAGAAUGCAGCUUUUCAAAAUGAAGACACUAAUCUAUCAACAACAACAACAGUAACAACGGCAUUAAAUAAAUCUGUUUCUAAUAAUUUGGUUAAAAAGAUGACUAAGCUCACUUUAUUGAAUAUCGAUCUUGAACCUUGUCGACGACAUCCUGUUUUUGGUUUUUGUCGGCCAUUAAAUUGCUCUGAAGAAGAUCGACGUAAUCAGACAUGCCAAUUUUUAAGUUUCCAAAGAUGGUUUUUCAAUGCUCAUACAAGUAAUUGUGAAGCUUACAGUUACAGUGGAUGUGGAGCUUCUGAAAAUUCAUUCGAUGAUGCUCAAGCUUGUCAGGCAGCAUGUAAGGCUAGAAUUGUCAGACCUGAUAGAGAUCAACGUUGUGAUUCAAAUCCACAUGUUAAGAAGUGUUACACACUAUCAGUAAGUGGUAAUCAACAAGAUGUAUCCAGUGAAAAUGAUAUAAUUGCAUUCCACUUUAGUAUGGCUAGUGCUACAUGUAAAGCGUUUCAUUUAAAUACAAAACGAACUGGUUGCAAUAUGGAACAAUACUUUCCAAAUGGUUACGACUGUUUACGAGCAUGUGUUAAAUCUUCACCAACUGAGAAACAUUUACAAAAUCGGUGUUUUGCUCGGAAAACACAUAUUCCGUGGAACUGCACAGAUCAAAGUGUUAAAACUUAUCGUUGGUCAUAUCUACCUGAAAUUAAUCAAUGCGUACGUUUUUCUGAAUGCACAAAUCCUGAUCAAUUAAUUGAACAACCUGGAAAUAAUUUUCCUUCAAGAAGUGAAUGUGAAACUACUUGUAUGGCAUCUAGUUUCGAAGAAGUUUGUCAACUUCCAAAAGAUCCUGGUCCCUGUACAAGUUUUCAAACUCGUUAUUUUUAUGACAGCACUACAUCAAAAUGUCGAGUAUUUCUAUAUGGUGGUUGUUUAGGCAACUUCAAUAGAUUUCUUUCACGAAAAGAAUGUGAACUAGCAUGUUCACAAUUUUCAACACAUAUUUUAAGUACAUCAAAUCAUACCAAAUCACAAGAAAGUUCAUUGGGAAAAACAUCAGUUAUUUAUGAUGAAUCUCCACCGUUAAGUGCUCAAGUAUUUGAGAAGAUGAAACAAAUCACGCAACAUCACACAGAUCGUUAUCCUUGGGAUAUUUGUUUGGAUAGUCAUAGUUAUGGUACAUGUUCAUUAUCGGGUGGUCAAUAUCAAACAACAAGUGAAUAUCCAUAUGUACCAUUAACUCGUUAUUAUUAUGAUCGUCGUUUGAGUCAAUGUCAACCUUACACAUUUACCGGUUGUGGUGCGCGGGGAAAUCAUUUUGACACAUUAGAAAAAUGUCAAACAGUGUGCGAGAAUCGAUUGAAAAAUCCAAAGUUUGCUCGCUGUCACUUCAAUAAAUCAAUCACGAAAUGUCCUGGAAGCGGGAUUCAAGCAUGGGCUUAUAAUCACACUAUCGGAGAUUGUUAUUUCUUUGAAAUAUGUGAACCUAGCGACAGAGAGAGCGAAUUUCAUAUACCUGAAAAGAAGUUUUCAUUUCGUUUAAGAAGAACAAGUCAAUGGCUUGGGGUAUGGCAAGCAAGAACUGGAAAUCUGCCUGAAGGGAUCUAUGCAACUCGUAGUGCAUGUCAGUAUCACUGCUUACCGAAACCACCCAGAGGAACCGAUACACAAAAUGUCUGUCAUAUGAACCCGAUUGUGACUGUACCAUAUGGUUGUAAUGCUAUGGUUACUAGAUGGUAUUUUGAACCCAGAGAAACACAAUGUAGAAGUUAUAUAACCUGUCCACAAUACGGGAAUAACUUUCCUAGUCACAAAGCGUGUCAAGAUAUAUGUACACCUGGACAUCCGAUAGAUGUUUGUCGACUUCCACACGAUCACGGUGGAUGUUCAAGCUUCGAAAAACGAUGGUACUAUAAUAUGGAUAAACGAAUGUGCAUGCCUUUUACAUACGGUGGAUGCUUUGGAAAUUCUAAUCGUUUUAUAACAAAGGCAGAAUGUGAAGGAUUUUGCAUGGGAAAAGAUGUUUGUAGGCUACCAUUACAAAAAAAUUCGACCGACCAAAGUUAUCCUGAAAGAUUCUAUUAUGAUCUCACUAAAAAGCAGUGUCUUCCUUUUCGUUUCACUGGAUUGCUGGCACAUGGAAACAAUUUUCCAUCGCUUAGUGUAUGCAAUGCAACAUGUAUUUACGUACCAGACAUUGAAGUUAUCGCAGAAAAGAAUAUACCUGAUUACAAUUUGAAUGCUGAUAGGAAUUCCGAAGAAUUCAACAAAACAAUAAUUCAAGCAUCAUCUAUGGAAAAUCCUACGAAUAUGAAAGUACCGAUGGCAUCUGAAAACACUGCUAAAAGUAUUCAUGGAGUCGCAAGUGAUAAUAAAAAUACCUUGAUGGAAAAGUUUCCAUGUUUACCAUUCAUCACUACAAGUCAGUAUGAUGAUAUGGACAGGCAUACAUUUUGUAACAGUGAAGAUAUAAUUCAUGAAUUAGGUUACAGAUUUCAAAUUACGUCUAGUGUCCACGUGACCGAUGAAACAAUCGAUGGUAUUUGUGUGCCUAUUCUGGUACCUAUUUGUUUAGAUGAACCGAAAAGAUUGUAUGGUCAGUUAAAUGCUUAUGAAAGUCAAAUGAUUGGACGUGUUUUUAAAACGGAAGCAGAAUGUGAAGCAACUUGUCUACUUAAAAGUAGAUUUAAAAGAAGCAUUAUUAAAGAAGAAUCACCUGAUACGAUCAAAAAUAUACAUCGGUUAUUAGUUGAAAUUUUGGACAAGAAAUCUCGGUUGUCAGGUAACUUGAACGAUUUAGUUUAUUCCACACUUAACUACAAGAUAUUGACAGGCAAGCAAUACAAUAAAACAUUCCAGGCUUUUACACAUUUUUCCAACCAGUCGAAUGCUAAGAAUACUUUGAUAUUAGACAUAUUGGAAAAUGAACAAAUCAAUCUCCCAUGUUGGGUCAUAUCGAAAAAUAAACCACGUGUUCAAUGGAUUCAUAUACCAUCAGGAAAAAGGUAUCCAGUGACAGUUGAUCAUCAAUUUAUGAAUGAGAAUCUUUGGGUAUCAAAUUUAUUUCUACAAAAUACUAACGUUCAUUCGCAUACAGGAGGAUGGAUUUGCGAAGCCUUUGAGUUAGAAUCUAUGGAAUACACGAAGGCCAUUAUUAUUUUAAAUGUGGUUUCUGCACAACGUAAUAAAAUAAAUACCGUUAGUUCUCAAAAUACGGUAUCAUUACAUAAUACGAUUAUGGUACCAAAGGAUGGAUUGGUAUUUCUUAAUUGUCCUCAUAAUCAGUAUUUAGUUGACACUAUAUGGAAGAGAAAUAAUGAACAAAUUUCUCAGGCAACUUCUGAAUAUUUAAUAAUUGAACAUGCAAAUCCUAAAAUUCACACAGGAAUCUGGACCUGUGGUAUUCAUUAUGAUAACAAUUUUUUCGAACUAUAUAAAUUCAAUAUAUCCGUAGGUUAUGCACCAGUACUUCAAAACGGAAAUGCUAAUUCUUCUAAAUCUAUUUCCGAACAAACACUUACUUGUCCAAUAAUUACAAAAGGUGAACCGACAGGAAACGUUAAAUGGUUUACAUGCGAUUAUAAGAAGAAGAACUGUCACCUUUUAAGAACUGACCCAUAUUCUUCCAUGUUAAAUCAAUCAAAUCUUCUUAUGUGUCGUAUCGAAAAUAUUUGGGGGAUGGGUGAAACUUAUUUCAGUCUAACAUCUUGA